AUUCGCGUAAUUAGCAACUCGGUGCUUCUUAGCAACAAGGGAACAUGGAGGACGAGAAAACAGCAGAAGGGGGACAGGGAGAUAGCCCAGCAGAGAAAAAAGAACCCGAGGAAAGUGAGAAAGUGGAACCUCCUAUUCAAGCUACAGAACAGGCAAAAGAUGAUGCUCCAAAAGAGGAAGAAAAGAAGAGUGAGGAGGUAAAAUCCUCUGAGGAGAAGGAGCCAGGAUCAGAGCCUCCUCCAGAAAAGGCUGAGGAGAAGGCUGAGGAGACUCAGGGAGGAACAAAAGAGGAAGAAACGAAAGAGUCAGAGGGAGAGAAAAAGGAAGAAGAGCAAGCACCCCAAGAAUCUGAAAGUAAGGCCGAUGACACUACAAAGAAGGCUGAAGAGGAAGGCCAAGAUAAACCCUCAGAGGAAAAGAAAGAAGAGGGGGAGGAAAAGAAAGCAGAAGGAGAAGAAAAGAAAGUAGAAGGAGAAGAAAAGAAAGUUGAGGGAGAAGAAAAGAAAGAAGAAGGAGAAGAAAAGAAAGUUGAGGGAGAAGAGAAGAAAGAGUCAGAGGGAGAGGAAAAGAAAGCUGAUGGGGAAGAGAAGAAGGCAGAAGGAGAAGAAAAGAAGGCAGAAGGAGAAGAAAAGAAAGCAGAAGGGGAGGAAAAGAAAGCAGAAGGAGAGGAAAAGAAAGUAGAAGAUGAAAAAUCUGAAGAGAAAUCCAAAGAUGCAGCAGAAGGGGAUAAAAAUCAAAAUGCUGCCGAAGAGGAAGAAAAUGCAGAUGAAGAGGAGAAGAAACUUGAAAAAGCAGAAGAGGAGAUAAAGAAGAUUCCUGAUGACUUUUUCUAUAACUACGAGGAAAUGAUAUCUCAGCCACAUAUAACACAAGAUUCAGGCUUACCAAAGGAUUACCUAAAUCUCAUAUAUUCUUUUGGUUAUGACUGUACAAAGCGCCACAACCUUCAUCUUUUGGAUGAGAGAACCGUCUGCUUUGCUGCAGGUAACUAUGUGAUGCUUUUGGACCUACAGACAAAGGAGCAGAGAUACCUACGAAGCACCAGUGGAGGCGGUAUUGGGGCCAUUACAGUUCAUCCUUUAAAGAAAUAUUUUGCUGUGGCUGAAAAAGGAAUUUCACCAAACAUCAAUGUUUUUGAAUAUCCAUCAUUAAAACUGCAUCGAAUUCUUCGUGGUGGAACAGAGCGAUCAUACUCCUAUGUCGAUUUUAAUCCUAAAGGUGAUUUGCUGGCUUCGGUUGGAGGAGACCCUGAUUACAUGCUAACCAUCUGGGACUGGAAAGAGGAGCAGACCGUAUUGAGGUCAAAGGCCUUCUCCCAGGAAGUGUUUCGUGUGACCUUCUCAACAGAGUUGGAGGGUCAGUUGACCACAUCUGGUACUGGACAUAUCAGAUUUUGGAAAAUGGCUGAUACUUUCACUGGUUUAAAACUUCAAGGAGAACUAGGAAAGUUUGGAAAAACUGAGAUUUCAGACAUUGAAGGCUAUGUGGAGCUCCCUGAUGGUAAAGUUUUGUCUGGAACAGAGACAGGAAACAUGCUCUUGUGGGAAGGAGGCUUGAUUAAAGUGGAGAUAGGACGCAAAGGAAAGAAACUGUGUCAUCAGGGAUCCAUUCAGCAAAUCCUUCUGGAUGAGGGAGAGUUGAUGACCGUGGGCUCUGAUGGAUUUAUUAGGGUUUGGGAUUUUGAAAGUGUAGACACUGCUGAUGUAGCAGAUGAGUCCGGACUUUUUGAGAUGGAGCCAAUGAAUGAGCUACGUGUUGGCCAUGAUGUCCAACUAAAGUCCAUACUCAAGUCCACUGAUGCAGAAAAUGAGGUCACCAUAUGGUAUGCUCAGGAUGCCAAUGGUGGUAUAUGGAAGCUGGAUCUGACUUUCUCCCACACCUCCCAAGCCCCGGACAAGCUCUUCACCUACCAUGCUGGAGCCAUCACUGGGUGUGAUGUGUCCCCACUCACUCAUCUAGUUGCCACCACUGGUGUUGAUCAUACUGUCCGAGUGUUUGAUUUCCUUCAAAAGAAGCAGUUAUGUGAGAAGAGGUUCCCUGAUGCUGGUACCACCCUGAUUUGGGCCCCACAAAUUGUUGAUACCAAGGGCAAGACGAUCAUCUCUGGGUUCAGUGAUGGUGUGGUCAGGGUAAUGACCAUUGCCAAGGCUGGUGAGGACCAAGCCCACAAAAAACACAAGCAUGACAUUGACCUUGACCUCAAGCAGGUCUUCAAACCCCACACUAAGGAAGUGACCUCCAUAGCUGUCAAUGACAAAGGCGAAAUUCUUGCCACAUCGGGUGCAGACAAUACAAUAUUUUUCUUGAACAUUGGAGAAACCUAUGAACCCAUUGGAUUUAUUGAGACCCCUUCAUCAGUGAGACAAAUUCAGUGGUCUCCCUCCAAAUUUAAAAAAUCCACCCUUCUUGCAUUUUGUGAAGGUGGACUUGUAUUAGAGAUUGACUCCCCAGAUGGUGCCAAAUUUGAUACAUCUAAAACUUUCCACAUCACCGGCUUACCAAUGAGAUCCUUCAAGUUCAAAAGUAUCAAGUCACGGCUAAGACAUGAAGAAGAAUUGGAAAGGAAGAGAAUUGAGGAGCUGGAGAGGAAAAAGAGAGAGGAAGAAGAAAGAAGGAAGAGGAUAGAGAGAGGACUCGAGACAGAGUCUGAACAGGGAGAUGUGGAAGAAGAGAAGAAAACUCCAGAACCAGAAUGGAAAGCAUACAUCCCACCAGAGCCCAGUCCAAUAUUGACUGGCUUCUACUCCGAUGAGGGACAGUUCUGGCUUUCAAUGGGAGAAUUUGAUGCUGGUUAUCUGUAUGAGUGUAAGUUUAUGUCUGAAGAAGAGAGAUCCAAAUUGCCAGAAGAGCUCCAGGAUGAACCUUUGCAAUCAGUCGCUGUGACAGAGUCCAAUGAUGUUCCAAUUACAUUCAUGCAGUUCAGUGGAAAUGGCCGAAAGAUGUUGUUUGGUAUGGAGGAUGGUAGUAUUAGAAUCCAGAAUCUUGAAAAAGAUUUUUCACUGGAUGAACUAGGUUCCUACUGGCAGUUGAAUUUGCACGAUAAUAAUUAUGGACGCAUCGUCAAAGUGGCAGCCAGCCCAGAUGAGAAGAUGCUUCUAUCAGCCGGCUAUGAUGGCAACUUUUUCCUGUAUGACAUUAUGGAUCAAGAGAAAGUGGACCAAAAAGUAGCAGAAGCCAAGGCCAAACUUCCCUCUGCAAAGAAAGCUGGAGAAAUAGUCAAUGUUGAUGAUAUUGAGGAUCCAAAUGCAUACAGCAUUGAAGAUGCAAAACAAAAGGCAGAGCAUGAUAAAAUGAUGAAGAUAGCAGACGAGAAGAAGAAAGAUGUUCGUCGUCAGAUAGCAAAGCUUAGGCGGCAGUUCAAGAGUAUACUGGAACAAAAUGAAGGGUUACCGCCCCACUUACAACUACGGAAGGAGGAAUUUGAGCUAGACAAAGACAUCAAACUGGAGCUAGAUAAACAGAAACAUGAUAGAAUUGAUAUUGUUAGGAAAGAGUUGGCCUGGGAGGCAGAGAAACAAAGGAUAGCACUGGAAAAACUCAGAAAGAGGUAUAAGGAUGUAGUUGAGUGUGAGAGGAUAGUUGUGAAGGCCUUUAAAACUCCACAUGAAGUGGCCAGCUUCAGAGCAGCCAAACUGUCAGAUGACUUCUACCAAAUGAAAGCUGAUUUUGAGAGAAGGAAAACAAUGACAAUGGUGAAGGAUGACAUCACAAGGGACCCCACCAGGGACUUGCUCGGAGGGAAAUCCACACACACAGAUGACCACACUGAGGCUGGUGGAAAAGCAGGGGAUCAGGCUGGAGCCAAAGUCACAACGACCCUGAAAGGUAGUAUGGGCGAGAGGAUCAAUAAAGCUCUUUACAAAGUGGAGGAGAAAAAACAAAAGAGGGCGGCAAGGAGAGCACAGUGGGAAGAAUUGUACAAUACAAAACCUGAUGAUGACUAUGAGGACCCAGCUGAUGUUGCAGCCAUCAAAGAAGCCAAAGAUAACAUGGGAGAUUACAAACUGAAGACGGCCAAGGACUAUGUUGUGCCUGAUCACCUUAGGAUGAAUGUGGAGAAAGCUAGAGGCAGACUCCUUAUCCUGAAAGAUCUAAUACAUGAGCAUAAAUACAAUUUCAAUCUCCGUCUGCUAAAAAUAAGGGACAAAAAGCUUAGUGUGAUUGAAGAAAUCCGAGAACUGGUGGCAAACCUGGAAGAUGUUCAGUCCCACUUGGCGAGAGAUAAGCACAAAAAGAUUCCUCCAAUACCCAGAAUGUACCCUGAUGAAAUGCCUGAAAAGAAACUUGAAUACACCCGGGAUACUCUUUUAGCCUUUAAAAAAGAAAUGGAAACGAAGGAAAAAGAAGCCAAAGGUGGAGGGGGUGGUUUCGGUGGUUUUGGAGGAUUUGGGAAUACUGACACAGCAAAGGACAAGGGAGGAUCACCUACACCAAAACCUAGUACUAUAAUGAGUGAAUCUAAAGGCGGAGAGGGUGAGGAAUUGAUUGAAUUUGAUACCUCACCACUAGAAAUGGAGAUGAAGGAAGCCAUGGAAAUUAAAUUGAUUUAUGAUCAAGACCGGCUUCUAAAGAGAAUUGAGGAGUUGCUAUUGAAUUUCGAUGCUGAGCUGCGGUUGUUAAGACAUGACAAGUUCAAGCUGGAUAUUGUGAUGAAGAAUGCCGACCUGAGACAGGUAACACUGUUUGAGGAGUUUGUGUUGCUGAAGGAGUAUGAGAAGAGAGAGGAUGUAAUGGAGGCCAAGGUGACAGGAAAACAACAGGAGAAGCUGGAGAUGCAGGCUAAGAUAAUUGAGUUGCAAGGAAAGCAGGAUUUGAAGAAGAAAGAGAUUGAGAAGCUACAGGAGAAAGAGAAGCAGUUGUAUGCUCAGUUCCAGGCCUCGCUGGGAGACAACAAUAAGUUUGCUGAUUAUUUGACCAAAGUUUUCAAAAAGAAAAUCAAGAGAGCCAAAAAGAAGGUUACAGAUGGAGAGGGUUCUGAUGAGGACAGUGAUGAAGAUUCUGAUGAUGAGUCUGACUGGGAUGAAGAUGAUGAAGAGUCUGAGGAGGAAGGAGGCUAUGACCUUGACAUUUGUCCACCAGGAUGUGAUCAGAACAUCUAUGAUAAUACAUGUCAACUGAGAGAAAAGAAGCUGGACAUUGAGGAGGCCCUCCAGGAGGAGAAGAAGAACAACGAUGGUUUGAAGAAAGACAUAGAGAGCAACAACAAGAAACUUAAAGUGGUGGACAGUGCACUCAAGGCUGCUCAAAAUGAGCUGGAGGCUUUCCAGCUAGAGAAGCAGCAGAAAUUGAACGAGUUGGAUGUGGUGGUGACACUGAAGCUCCACCAGAUUCAGUACAUGAUCAAUGGCGUCCUCCCCCAGGACCUGUCCCAGACCCUAGUGUUCGAGUCCCACGGGGUCACCCGCCUACAACAGAGAAUCAAGGAACUGGAGCAUGAGAAGCACAUGCAGAAGAAACACAUGAAGGAAUCGAGGAGAAAGCAUGUGCAGCUCAUUAAGGACAGGAAAGUGUUCGACAGCAAGAUUUCAGAAAUGGAGGAACGCACCAAUGAAAUGAUGAUUGCUAAGUUCGGAAGAAUUGUGGAUCUAGAAAAGUUAGAAACAAUUACUGUGAAUAGGCAGAUUGAGGAGUUAAAAGAAAAGUUACGCCUUACAGAAAUUCAGUGUGCAGAGGAAUUAGUGGAGUGGGAUGAAAAGAUUGCAGAAAAGAAAGCCAAAAUCACAGCACUUAUUCGUGAUAAUACAAACAGACUUGAUCAAUUAUGUAUAUUGCUGAAUGAAAAGAAAUCGUUCGAGGGAGAACUGGACUCGAGACAAAAGAGCUCUGGUCAGGAGUUUUCAGGAGCUAGGAAGGCUGACAUCAGAGAGAGACAGAGGCUGAUACAGCUAGUGCAGCUUCAGGCCCAGGAGAUUGACGCCCUAAAGGAGGAGAUCAUGUUGCUGUCCAGAAAGGGGGGACACAUUCUGCCCCCGGCCCAGCCACCACUACCCCAGAGUCCCCCCAACAUGAGGCCAAUCAGCAACUGAGUCAAGGCUGAAUUUAUCUGAAGAACCAGUCUUUUUAAUGACAUGCUUGCACUUCGUCCUUUGCAAAUACUUGAUCCAUUAUUUACUUUUAAUGUUAAAUAUGUAUGAUCUUGUGAAUCCACGUACAAGAAUGUGAUAUAUUAUUUAUUCACAUAUUCCGUCCUUACAUUUACAAACUGGAAGACAAUGAUAUAGAAGUUUGUAAUCUGUGAUAGCCUUUCAUUAUUGAACAUUUGUUAUUUUAUUAUGAGAAUCUGAAGUCUGGAAAUACAUUUUCAAGGUGUGCUUGAUUUAUUGAAUAAAUAAGUCACAUCACUUUAA